UCUUUGAUCCAGUAGAAGGAAACUAGUUCUAGCUGUGAGUAAAAUCAAGAAUUCACGGUGUAUUCGUGUGGCAGUGAGGCCGUGGCGGACGGCGAAAAUUCUGUCGUGGCAGGCGGCGGCCUCGCCGUGAAUAGUAAGGUGUAUCCAAGUCCGGGGGCGGCGCGCGGCGUUUGGGCGCUGCCGCAGCCGCCCCCAUGCAGCAUGGCGGCGGAGGAGCCUCUCCCCCCGUGUUCACCCCUCUCUCCGGACGCCCCACAAGCUCCACCGAGAACCAUCGCCAAUUACAACCACAAUUCUGACCUCCAUCAGCUCAUUUUUGAAGCAGUUCGCUCAGGCGAGGUAUCUGAGAUCGAGCGGUUGGUAGAGAAGCUAGGUGUCGAGGUGUUGAGCGCUCGUGAUCAGCAUGGCUAUACUCCGGCACACUGGGCGGCCCUGGACGGCUGCGUGGCUGUGAUGCGCUACCUGGUCGAGAGGGGGGCGCCUAUUGACCUCUCCUGUCUGGGCACGCAGGGCCCACGUCCCAUCCACUGGGCGUGUCGGAAGGGCCACGCAUCCAUAGUACAAGUGUUGCUGCAAUGUGGAGUAGCUGUUAAUGCAGCUGACUUUAAAGGAUUGACACCCCUAAUGACGGCGUGCAUGUACGGUAAAACCGCGACCGCUGCCUAUCUCCUCGGCAUGGGGGCUGCCACCAGACUGUCUGACAUCAACGGAGACACAGCCCUACACUGGGCCGCGUAUAAGGGUCAUGCAGACCUGGUCAGACUGCUGAUAUACUCGGGCGUACCAUUACAUUGCACGGAUAACUUCGGGUCGACACCCCUGCACCUUGCGUGUUUGUCCGGCAAUCUUACCUGCGUGCGUUUGCUAUGUGAGAAAGUAAAGGCAGAAUUAGAACCACGUGACAAGAACGGCAAAACCCCACUGAUGCUGGCCCAAAGCCACCGGCAUGCCGAGGUGGUGAAAUUGCUUCAAAAAGAGAUGAAGAGGAAGUCUCAUUGGAUGCCGCCACUCUCUGAACUGUGGGCGCUGCUAUUUGGAGGCGCCGGACAGUCCAAAGGCCCUUUGCUGUUCUUUUUGAUCUCUGUGUUGCUGUGGGGUUACCCUAUGUAUGUUAUCCGAUGUAUACCGCUCACAUGGAACACCCUGCGACUCUCUCACUACUGUUUCCUGUAUUGGAACGCUAUAAUGUGGCUGAGCUGGGUGAUAGCCAACCGUCGGGACCCGGGGUACAUCCCACAGAAUUCUGAGACCUACUACCGGGCAAUCCGACAGAUACCCUACUACGACAAGUGGAAGAAAAGAAACGUAAUUUUGUCAAGAUUGUGCCAUACUUGCCGAUGCCUCAGACCGUUACGAGCGAAACACUGCCGCAUCUGCAAACGCUGCGUCGCGUACUUUGAUCACCACUGCCCUUUCAUCUACAACUGUGUGGGUGUCCGGAACCGCAUGUGGUUUUUCCUUUUCGUCAUGAGUGUUGCCAUAAAUUGCACGCUAUCAAUAUAUUUUGCUUGUUAUUGUCUGGUACUGGAAGGUUUUGGACUCUUGUAUGCGCUGGGGCUGUUGGAGGCAAUAACAUUCUGCGCGUUAGGAUGGAUACUCACAUGUACUUCGGUUUUGCACGCUUGCAUGAAUUUGACGACCAACGAGAUGUUUAAUUACAAGAGGUAUCCAUAUCUAAGGGACAAAAGGGGGCGGUAUCAAAACCCGUUCUCCAGAGGACCAAUUAUGAAUCUCAUAGAGUUUUUCGUGUGCCUUCCCGACAAGUGCGACGAACAGGAUAUUUUUCAUGAAGAAUCUAUAUGAUGUGAAUUUAAUGUUUAAAUUUCUAUUGUUACACGAAGGGAAACGCAUCUUUAUUUUUUGCGUGUUACGCUAAACAUAUUUUUCCUUGGUAGAAAGAAAGAGAUUAUAUAUAAAAUGAUAAUUCGCUACUCAUCUAUUUUUUGGGAAUUGUUACAUAGGUAUAUGUAUAUUUAUCAAAAAAAAUCGUUAAAUAUUAGUAAUUUUAUCAACAUCCCACGCUGAUUGUUAUUAUAUUAUGCUACUGGCAACACUGCAAUAGUGGCACUAUACAGAUUAUUUCAAUAAUUAACAGGCAUUAUGCACGAAUUUUGACCUCAUGGCUCGUCGUAUCUAUCAAGUACACCAGCUCCUGUAGCAUGGCAUGCAAGAUGCCGCUU